AUGAAGCUAUUACCGAUCCCGCUCUCCCCGCUAAAUGCGCCACCACCGCUAGGGCUAUGGAACUCAGAGCUACUAUGGCGCUACCCGCCAGCACCACCGAGCCCCCUGGCCGAUCUAAAGACACAGCUUCCGUCCCAGCUCAACACGGACCCACGCAUCUGGGGCCGCGAUGAGGUGGUUAUUUUUCUGCGCUUCUGCGAGCGGGAGUUCGAUCUGCCCAAGUUCGAUCUUGAUCUCUUUCAAAUGAACGGCAAAGCGUUGUGCGUGCUGACAAAGAACGAUCUGGCCGAGCGCAGCCCCGGCGCCGGCGAUGUGCUACACAACGUGCUGCAGAUGUUGAUCCGGGACGCACAGACGCUGCACCGGCAUCUUCCGAGCAGUCCGGUCACACCGACCGGUCGCUAUCCGCUCUCACCGCACAGCCACCCGCCCACACCGAACUGGAGUGCGCUUGCACCCCCGGACAGUCCGUUCUUUCACAGUUCGCACCUGCAGCAGUUUAUGGCCGCGUCCAACUCGGUCACACUCAGCCCGGCACCGUCGAUCGAUUCGCAGGCCGGCAGUCCACCCUCACAGAGCCACGCCGAGCAGAACGUGUUUCAGCAGCAGCAGCAGCAACAACAACAGCAACAAUCCAAGUCGUCCGGAGCGGGCUCAUCCUCAUCGUCCUCUUCGUCGUCAUCGUCGACGAAUGGAAGUGCCGGGAGUGGUGGCAGCGCUAACAGAAACGGUACCGGUCCCAACACGAAAGGGACAUCGGCUGCAAAUGGCAGCAACAGUCUAAUCAGCAGUAGCAGCAGCAGCAGCGCAGCGAGCAGUACCAGCAGCAGCGUCAGCAACCAAUCCGACUCGGACGAAGAUAAUGCAGCGGUGGGCAAUGGUACCGGCGCAACCUCCACAACGGGUGGUUCUUCCGGGAACGGAUUCCAUCCACUGCCCCUGUCGCAUCCGGACAGUAAAUUGCCGUUGAUCGCAACGCAUCCACCACAGCAGAGUCCUCCGCUGACACCGAUCUCGAAGGAAACGCAGCACCUCGGUCAGCUGCAACUGCUCGACACGAAAACCCUACAGUACCCGGUAUCUUCACUGCUAAACGGAUCCAGUAGCAAUGGCGGAUCAUCGUCCCGCGACCGUGACUCAUCCUCGGGAUCUUCGGCGAGUGCGUCUUCAAAUGCGGCAGCCGCCGCAGCAGCUAUGGCUGCGGCCGUACUCGGUCUGAAGGGGGCCGUCUCCAAUGGUACUGGAUCGUCCGGUUCGUCAGGAUCCAAUUCUGCGCCAAGUACACCCGGUGCGUUCCUACCCGUGAAGCGCGAGUUCUUCCCCGACAAUCCGGAACCAAAUACAAUUUCGUCCGGUUCGCUUUCAGACGGCCGACUGCUGUGGGACUUCUUGCAGCAGCUGCUGAACGAUCCGAGCCAGCGGUACAGCAGCUACAUCGCGUGGAAGUGCCGCGAUACGGGCGUGUUCAAGAUCGUCGACCCGGCCGGCUUGGCGAAGCUGUGGGGCAAACAGAAGAACCAUCUCUCGAUGAACUACGACAAGAUGUCGCGCGCACUGCGCUACUACUACCGCGUCAACAUACUCCGGAAGGUGCAGGGUGAACGGCACUGCUACCAAUUUCUCCGCAAUCCGACGGAACUGAAGAGCAUCAAAAAUAUCUCACUGUUGCGGCAAACGAUGGCAGCUAGCCAGGCCGCAGCAGCCGCCGCUGCGGCACAAUCCGGAAGCAGCAGUGAGCGUAACGGUGACCGAGUGUCAGCCAGCAAUGGGUCAUCCGGCGCUGCCAAUUCGCUUAUGUCGCUGCUCCCGAACGGGGCAAACAUUCAUCAUCUGGCCGCGGCAGCGGCUGCCGCUGCCGCAUCGCAGAACGGACCGCUCUCGCCUUCGUCCUCUUCGUCGUCCUCGUCGCCAUCAUCCCUGCAACAUCAUCAUCACCUGCAGCAGCAGCAGCAGCAACACCAGCAGGCACUCCAUUCGCAUCAUCUCGCAGUACAAAACGGUUCGGGGCCGCACCAUCGUAACAUUAAGAUGGAAACCGACCUGGACGACCUGAAGCCGACCGAUCUCAGUACGAACGAUCGCAAGUUCAGCUACGGAUCGCCGGUCAACGGUACCGAUUGCUAUCCACUGAUACGCAACGCUAACGGACUGACGACCAUUCAGCUGCUCCGACAGCAGCAACAGCAGCAGCAACAACAGCAAUCGGAAGCUGGAUCGCCUCCGUCCUCACCAACGCCCCUGUCGAUCAAUUCGCAAUCGCUGCACACGAUCAGCAGCAAUCUGCACCAUCUGCAUCAGCAGCAGCUGCAGGCACAGGCGGCGGCAGCGGCUGCUAUUGCGGCGGCGGCCGAAGCCCGCCACCAGCAGGACGACCAACCGGACCAUCCCACCCACCAUCAUCUGCAGCAUCCGCACGCACACCACCAAUCGCACCACCACUCAGCGCGAAACGGUAGCCGAAGCAGCAGUACGAGCGGCACCAGCGAGCACGACCAUCAUCGGGAACCGCACGACCGGGAGCGUGAUACACCCUCGCCCGCUAACAGCGAAUCGUCUUCCCAUCCUGCUGCAGCAGCAACCACCACCCAGCAGCAUCAUCACAUGCACGUGAAAAGCGACGACGACAGCAUGAUGCCAACGGAUCUGAGCAAAUCCGAGCCGAUGUACUACAAGUGA